AUGAGCUGCCUCUGCCUUUGCAGAGCAGCAACAUCAAGAGGAGCUCCAGCUGUAGUGAGUGCUGGAGCAGCAGGGGGAUGUGGCGGAGGACCUCCACCUAGCAGUGGAGGACCACCAGCCACUGGUGGAAGACCACCAGCUACUAGUGGAGGACCACCACCCACUGGUGGCAGACCUCCAGCCAGUGGUGGAGGACCUCCAUCAACUGGUGGAGGACCACCAUCAACUGGUGGAAGACCACCAGCCACUGGUGGAAGACCACCAGCCACUGGUGGCGGACCUCCAGCCAGCGGUGGAGGAUCUCCAUCCACUGGUGGAGGACCUCCAGCUACUGGAGGUGGCCGAGGAUUUGGUGGUGGUGGUGCAGCAAUGCAUUACAAUCAUAAUAGUGGAAGAAAGCAAGCUAUUACCAAAGGAGGCAAGAAAAAGUUUAGUGUCCUGUUCCCAAAAUACAAGAAAGGUGGGCAUAUAGUACGCGAAAUCAAAACCCAAAGUAGCUAUGUUUUUCUUGACACAAUACUAGAAGAAAUGUUUCAUUCAAUUGAUAUUGCACUAAACAGUAAUACAAAUGACACAAUGACGAGUCUAGCACCACCAUUUCUCAGUACACUGUGA